AUGUUUUCAGCACCGCAGAAUUCAACCUUCUCAAAGAUUCAAGACGAAAUAAAUCGAGGUGCUGUUUCAAGUAUUGUGGCCAAUGUUUGUCCAAAUGGUACGACCUUCCAUGUUCUUGAGGUUGGUUGGCUAGAGUGCGAUGAGGGCUUCGUGGUUCGCGGAGGCAAUUGCAGUACCAAGAGUACAGAGGGCCGUCCGUUCAUCAACAAACGACGUGAGCUUCCAAUGUACUGUAUCUUAAUUGACCAUCCACAUGUCGGUCUGAUUCUCUGGGAAACUGGCCCCGGAAAGGACUAUCCCACGGUAUGGGGGCCUGCUCUGUCUGAUGUUUUCGCUCGCGUGAGAUACGAGCCGCGACAUGAGCUUCGUGCAGCGAUCGAGACAACAGGACACGACAUCAAAGAUAUCAAGAAAGUCAUUAUAGGACACUUACAUCUGGAUCAUGCCGGUGGUCUCGAUGAGUUUUUUGACAGAACAGAUGUUGAGAUAUGGGUGCAUGACAAAGAGCUACGAUCUGCAUUUUGGUCCGUUGCAACCGGUGCUGACGACGGCGUCUACUCGGAACACUACCUCAAGCUCUCACUGUAG